UAAGGCUGAGGAAGAAAAGGAAGCAAGCCCAUCACCCAACUUGACCCUCUUCUGGUCCUUUCCCGCUUCUGGCUUCUCCAUUCUUGCUACAUUGAGGGGUGAUAGAGCGUGGAAGGGAUUCUGGGAAAACCAGGAUGUCUGGGUUGUCUACCCGUGUCUUGUCUGAUCCUGGCCAAGACGCUUUCUCUCCAGAACCUCGAUUUGCGCAUCUUUAAAACGGAGUGAUAGGACAAGACCUGCCCACCUUGAAGAGAUGCCCAAAGUCCUGAUAAGAUAGCGGGUAGAAAGCAGUUUAAGUUAUGUAGAGUCGGCUCCAGCGGUAGCACAGAAGGAGCCUGCAAACCUGAGUUCUUCACAUGCCCCUUCACCUACCCCUUGGAUGGUGAAGAAAUCAAGAGAUUUCCCCAGGAUGGGAACUGAAACGAUGACACGGGGAUGUGGUAAAAGGGAAGCCUGGUGGCUGAGUUCAGAGCUCUGGAUGGUCCUUGUGACACAGCGAGCCCAGCCCCAGAUCCCACAAUUAAGGCCAGCCAAGAAACAGUAUCCCUGUGCUGAACUGAAUACACAUUUUUCUCAGGACUCUGAACUUCUAGAGAAAAAGAAAGGGUCUGAGCUGAAUUGCGUCUCCUACGUCUCUCUAGGCAAAAACCCGGCCCACACUGUCUGGAAGUGGAAGAGGAUGGACAGUUUUGUACUUCACAGUUAACCAGGAAUGAGAGCUUUCAGAGACGAUCAUCAGUGAAACGGCACUCGAUUGAAUCGGUCUGUUUCUACAACCCAAAGAGGCGGGCUCGCCGCAGCAGCUCCAAGGCCAAAGCUAGAGUUUAUGUUACUGCGCACGCGCAUUAGACAACCGAAGGAGCCACCAAUGGAGCCGUCCGGAGGGGAGCAAGAACCCGGAGCCGUCAGACUCCUGGACCUGCCCUGGGAAGACGUGUUGCUCCCACACGUCCUGAACCGGGUCCCGCUGCGCCAGCUGCUUCGGCUGCAGCGCGUUAGCAGGGCCUUCCGUGCGCUAGUACAGCUGCACCUGGCCGGGCUGCGCCGCUUCGAUGCCGCUCAGGUGGGUCCGCAGAUCCCGCGGGCUGCAUUGACCCGGCUACUGCGGGACGCCGAGGGGCUGCAGGAGCUGGCGCUGGCGCCGUGUCACGAGUGGCUAUCGGACGAGGACCUGGUACCAGUGCUGUCACGGAAUCCGCAGCUGCGGAGUGUGGCACUGGCCGGCUGCGGGCAAUUGAGCCGCCGCGUGCUAGGAGCUCUAGCCGAGGGGUGCCCCCGCCUGCAGCGCUUGUCGCUUGCGCACUGUGACUGGGUGGACGGACUGGCGCUACGCGGCCUAGCUGACCGCUGCCACGUCCUGGAGGAGCUGGACCUCACUGCAUGUCGUCAGCUCAAGGACGAGGCCAUCGUGUACCUGGCGCAGAGACGCGGCGCCGGCCUCCGCAGCCUCUCACUGGCGGUCAACGCCAAUGUCGGGGAUGCAGCAGUCCAGGAGUUGGCUCGGAACUGCCCUCAGCUCGAGCACCUCGACCUCACUGGCUGCCUCCGCGUCGGAAGCGACGGCGUCAGGACAUUGGCGGAGUACUGCCCAGCACUACGCUCUCUGCGGGUGCGGCACUGCCACCACGUGGCUGAGCCUAGCCUGAGCCGCUUGCGGAAGCGUGGUGUGGACAUCGAUGUGGAGCCUCCGUUGCACCAGGCCCUGGUGUUGCUGCAGGACAUGGCGGGCUUCGCACCCUUUGUCAACCUGCAGGUUUGACCCUCCUGCCAAUGAGAGCACAGCUGGACUGUGUGGCUGGGCCUGACACUGAGCUGUAGGGAAAAUGAACUGUGGAGACCUCUGGUGAGAGGCCAGUGCCCUGCCCCAUCCUGGAACUUCAAAUAAAGAGUUUUUUACUCUC